AUGGGUGUUCAACACUACUGGCUGCUGCUGCUGUUGGUCGCCUGCCGCGAACGGAUUACAGGUGCUGUGAGUGGCAUCAGUCCAUAUAUAAAGCAUUACGAGGGCUUGUCAUACGACAGGGAGGACCUUCACAGGAAGCACCUGAGAGCCAGGAGAGCCUCACACCCUCAGGAAUACACACUGCAGCUAGACUUUACUGCUUUCCACAGAACGUUCCGUCUGCAUUUGAAACGCAACGCAGCAGCAUUUUCCGAAGAUUUCAUGGUGUUCAGGAAAAAUGUUUCUACAUUGGCUGACCUCUCCCACAUAUAUUCAGGAACACUAGAGGGUGAACAUGGUUCAGCCUGUUAUGGCUCGGUGUUACAGGGUCAGUUUGAGGGAACCAUCCAUACAGACAACGGGACCUAUCACGUAGAGCCAGUACAAAGAUACACCAGCAGCCAAACAGAUCACCACUCUAUCAUCUACCACGAGGAUGACAUGGUCCUACCAGCCAUGAGAAUUGGCCUUGAUGGAUUCUGUGGUGCAGAACAUCUGAACGUCCUCGCCCAGAGUCUCAGACCUGAUGAGGAGGCCCCCGCCAGCCGGUGGAGGAGAACAGUCGACGAGUCAAAGACCAGCUGCCUGCUGCACCUCCAUGCCGACCACCUCUACUACAAGAAGUUCAAGUCUGUUGAGGCCGUCUUGGCUCAGGUCGCCUCCUACAUGCGAGCUGUGAAUGACAUCUACGACAAGGUGGACUUCGAUGGGAUCAAGCUGAUUAACUUCAAAGUGAAAUCGCUCAAUGUGAUGACGGAGGAGGAUAAGAACGAUCCUCUGUACCCGCUGUACAUCGGGCCCGAGAAACUGUUGAGUCUGUACUCUGAGAACAACUGGGGCAACUUCUGUCUGUCCUAUCUGCUCACUAACAGAGACUACAGCGGGACGCUGGGGCUCGCCUGGGAGGGCAAGGCUGAUAACUGGGGAGGAAUAUGUUCCCAGCAGACCACCCUGCGUAACGGCCGGAGAUCCACCCUGAACACGGGUCUGGUCACAGUUCAGAACUACGGACAGUUCCUGCCUCCUCGACACGUCCAGCUGACCCUCGCUCAUGAGCUCGGCCACAGCUUGGGAUCCCCGCACGACGAGGGCUCAAACUGCGGAAACCUGGGCUCCAGCGGCGGUAAAGGCAGAUACCUGAUGUUCUCUCACGCCACAGACGAGGUGCGUGAAAACAACGACAAGUUCUCGCCCUGCACCAUCGAACACAUCAGCAAGCUCCUGAAGCUGAAGAAGGAUGACUGCUUUGUGGUCAGUGAUCAGCCCAUCUGUGGAAACCAGAUUGUGGAGGAAGACGAGGAGUGUGAUGUGGGUCACAACGACACGGACCUCUGCUGCUUCAGCGCCAAACAGCCUGUAGACGUCCAGUGUCGCCUCAAGCCUGGUAAAGUCUGCAGUCCGAGUCAGGGCCUGUGCUGCGGGCAGGACUGUGGCGUAAAGCCGGCGGGUGAGACCUGUGAUGAGGAGACAGACUGUCAGAUGGAGGGAGUGUGUUCGGGCCUCUCCCCGAUCUGCCCCGAGCCAAGCGCCAAGGAAAACCUCACAGUCUGCAGCCAGGGCACGCGUGUGUGUAUGAGCGGGGUCUGUGCAGAGUCUGUGUGUGUGAAGCACAGCCUGCAGCAGUGUGACUGUCCAGGAGCCUCCAUGAAGGAGAAAUGCCACAUGUGCUGCCAGCAGCCUGAUAAGCCUGAGACGUGUGCCAGCACCACGUCCUCAGUGCUGUCCCGUCACUUCCAGAUGAAGGCGUUGGCGUUGGUCGGGGGCGCUCCGUGCUCAGGGAGUCAGGGAUACUGUGACAAAUUCCACGUGUGUCGCCUGCUGGAUGCAGACGGCCCCAUCGCAAGGCUGAAAAACUCCUUCCUCAAUUUGGAUGACUUCGAUGACAUCGCAGAGUGGAUGAAGGCUCAUUGGUGGGCCAUCCUGCUGGCUAUCCUGACUCUGUCAGGAGUGAUGGGCUGCACCGUCUGCGUCUGCGGCCGCAAGUUGGUCACCACUGACUUGGAGUGACCUCUGACUUUUGACCCCUCUGGGAUUCAGUAUUUUUUUAGGAUGUUGAAGUGUCAAGGUCACCUUGAAGAGAUUCAACUUUGCUCCACAAACAAACAGACCUGUGACGGAAACGUACACCUGCUCAACGCCUCUCAUGCUGUUUUGUUACCUGAUACUUUUGGUACGUCAUUCCGGCCAUUUUCUUCUCCAUGCGUCAUUUGUCUGUUCACAUUUAAAUGCAGUGAGAGUCUCCUCUGCACAUGCUGUGGAAAAUACCGCUGUUGCUGCCUACUGUGGGUCAGUCAACCCCCUUUUAA